AUUGCACCCCCAACGCUCCCCGACAUAUCUUCACAAUGGCUGGCGGCGGCUCCGAUCCCAACGCGCGGACCAAGAUCACAUGGCACAUUGGCGGCUGGGGUAACCCAUACGAGGGCGGUGGCCGACCAGGCAAGGGCGUCGUGACAUAUGCUCUCAGCCCCAACCGACAGCGCCCUAUGGCCAACUUCAUCGCCAAAGGCUUCUGGAACGUUGCGCGCCGAUCAAAGAACCAGAUCCUAUACAUCAUCCCCCCCUUCCUCGUCGCAUACGGAACUAUGCAGUGGGCCAUUGAAAAGAACGAAUUCUACAACUCCAAGACUGGUCGUGCGCUGUUCGGCGACGAGGAGUAGAUUUGAUGGAGCUGGAUCUGCCCAUUUAGGAGACUGGCUCGUGGCGUCUGCUGAACAUGACAUCUCCUAUCGAAUUGAUGAAUAGAUUGUACAAUCAGUGAUUUUCAUUUCACUCUAUGACGUAUCACCCGCUACAUACCCGUUCACUGUGUGUCUGUGUGCUCUCACAUUAGCCAGUGACAACAUAGAAAGGAGAGAUAUUCAAGUCAACUUGCGAUGUAAUUCUUCGUACAUCUAUGCGAAUCAUUCGCUUUACUAUUUUAC